GCACCCCCGCGCCAUCUAGCGCCGAGAAGCGGCCGCGCCGGGAGCCGGAGCCGGAGCCGGAGCCGGGAGCGGAGAGCAGCGCAGAGGGAGGGAACCAGCUCGCGGCCCCGUCCCGGCUUCUCGCCGCGCUCCCAAGCCCGGAGGCGCCGCGGGCGGGCGGGCGGGCGGGCGGGGUGGAGCAAGGUCCGCCCGGGCCGGGGUGCCCUCGCCGCCACCGCCGCCGCUUCUCCAGCCCAGUCACUCGCGCCGCCCGCCCCAGCCCUGCAGCCCGGAGCGGGCGGAUCGGCGCGGUGCCGCCGUCCUUCCCCGCGGAGCCGCCCGCCGCCGCCGGAGCCAUCUGCGGGAGGCGAAGGAGCAGCAGCCGCAGCGGGGCCGAGGCCGGAGGAAGCCGCAGCGGCUGGCGCGGCGCGGCGGCGGCAUGGCCCACCCGCAGGAAGGGACGGACGCGGCAGCCCUCCCGCGCCCCUGCUGCCGCCGCCGCCGCCUGCCUGCCCCGCGCUCGGCCCGCCGCAGCCCCGCGGCACGGCCGCCGGCCGGACCCCCCGCCCCGAGCGCCGCCUCCCGCUGCGGGGCGUGACCCCCGCGCCGCGCCGCUCCCCCGGGAACUUGUUGCUCCCUCCCGCCCGGCCGCGCCCGCCCCAUGUCCCCGUCGCCCGCCCGCCCGCCUGUCCCCGCGGGGCGCGGACGCAACGCGGAGGCUCCAUGCGACUGAGCGCGCUCGCCGGACCCGCCAGUGGCCAAGCCAGGAUUGGCUCUGAAGUGAUCCCUCAGCAAAAGCAGCCUUAGCAGCUUGGACCAUGGCAGCAGGAGUAGCAGCUUGGUUGCCCUUUGCCCGGGCAGCAGCCAUAGGAUGGAUGCCAGUGGCCACAAGUCCCAUGCCAGCUGCUCCCCGGCAGGAGAGAAAGCGAAGCCAGGACUCUCUGAUUGUGCUGAAUGUGAGCGGCAUCCAGUUCCAGACUUGGCUGGAUACCCUGGAGCGCUACCCGGAUACGCUGCUGGGCAGCUCAGAGCGAGACUUCUUCUACCACCCAGAAACGCAGCAGUACUUUUUUGACCGAGAUCCUGAUAUCUUCCGUCACAUACUCAAUUUCUACCGUACAGGGAAGCUUCAUUACCCCCGGCAAGAGUGCAUCUCGGCAUACGAUGAGGAGCUGGCCUUCUUUGGCAUCAUCCCUGAGAUCAUUGGCGAUUGCUGCUAUGAGGAGUACAAGGAUCGUCGGCGUGAGAACGCCGAGCGCUUGCAGGAUGAUGCUGACCAGGAGCAUGCAGCCGAGAACUCCCUGCCUUCCAUGACGGCUCGGCAGAGGAUGUGGCGGGCCUUUGAAAACCCACACACCAGUACACUGGCCCUGGUCUUCUACUAUGUCACUGGUUUCUUCAUUGCUAUUUCUGUCAUCGCCAAUGUGGUGGAGACAGUGCCCUGUGGCAUAAGUCCUGGUCGUAUCAAGGAGCUGCCCUGUGGAGAGCGCUAUGCUGUAGCUUUCUUCUGCCUGGAUACAGCUUGUGUCAUGAUUUUUACUGUUGAGUAUUUGCUGCGUUUGGUGGCAGCUCCCAGCCGCUACAAAUUUGUGCGCAGUGUCAUGAGUAUUAUUGAUGUAGUCGCCAUCAUGCCCUAUUACAUUGGCUUGGUGAUGACAGAUAAUGAGGAUGUCAGUGGGGCCUUUGUGACACUGCGUGUCUUCCGUGUCUUCCGGAUCUUUAAGUUUUCCCGCCACUCGCAGGGGCUGCGUAUCCUGGGCUACACGCUGAAGAGUUGUGCCUCAGAGUUAGGCUUUCUCCUCUUUUCACUUACCAUGGCCAUCAUCAUCUUUGCCACGGUCAUGUUUUAUGCAGAAAAAGGUUCAUCAGCCACCAAGUUCACCAGCAUCCCUGCUGCUUUUUGGUACACCAUUGUCACUAUGACAACACUGGGGUAUGGUGAUAUGGUGCCGAAGACAAUAGUUGGGAAGAUCUUUGGUUCGAUAUGUUCUCUGAGUGGGGUCUUAGUUAUUGCUCUGCCUGUUCCUGUUAUUGUCUCCAACUUCAGUCGUAUCUACCACCAGAAUCAACGAGCAGACAAGCGCAGGGCACAAAAGAAAGCCAGGCUUGCCAGAAUUCGUGCAGCAAAGAGUGGGAGCGCUAAUGCUUACAUGCAGAGCAAACGAAAUGGCUUACUGAGUAAGCAGCUGCAGCAGUUCUCCAGUGAAGAAGAACAGGCCUUUGUUAGCAAAUCUGGCUCUUGCUUUGAAACACAGCAUCACCACCUGCUCCACUGUCUGGAAAAAACCACGAAUCAUGAAUUUGUGGAUGAACAAGCCUAUGAAGAAAGCUGUAUGGAGGUUUCCACAGUCAAUCGACCCUCAAGCCACAGUCCUUCUCUCUCUUCUCAACAAGGUGUUACCAGCACUUGCUGCUCACGCCGACAUAAAAAGACAUUCCGUAUCCCAAACACCAAUGUAACCGGCAGCCGUCAAGGAAGUGUACAAGAACUCAGCACCAUCCAGAUCAGAUGUAUGGAGCGAACACCUUUAUCUAACAGUCGAUCCAGUUUAAAUGCCAAAGUGGAAGAGUGCGUUAAACUAAACUGUGAGCAGCCUUAUGUCACCACAGCAAUAAUCAGCAUCCCAACACCCCCAGUCACCACACCCAAAGGGGAUGAUAGGCCACAAUCUCCCGAAUAUUCAGGAGGAAACAUUGUCAGAGUAUCUGCUUUAUAAAACAAGUAGAAUAGACGCUUGGAGGCUCAGCUCUAGCAGGAAAAAAAAUAGUUCUGGAGAAACAGAAAGCUGGAAAAGGCAACACGCCCUUGGUAGGGGUUACAGCAACAACAGAGCGAGAGGUUCAGGGGAAACGAAACAAUUUGGGUUUCAGUGCUGUGGCAUGUGAACCAGGCAACCAAAUGGAGUUUUUACAUGUCAUUUGAACUGUUUCACAGCAAAAUUUUGACUUAACUAUGAGCACAAUGAAAUGUCCCCCAUUGAUGCUUCUUCUUCUUACCAUAAGAGCUCUUUUUUAAAGAAAAAAUAAAAUUAAAAAAAGGUUGGACAUUAUGUUCCAGCUGAAUGCAAAACAACAAUGAAAAGCAUUUUGAUAACAUGUCUUUUUUGCUGUUAUUAAACCAUAAACUUGUCAAGACUGUUUAAAAAAAAAGAGAAAAAAGAAAAAAAAAGAAGAAAAAAAAAAGAAAAAGCUCAUGUGAAAUAAGUUUGUCCUGAUUGAAAGAAAUACAACCAUAAUGCAUGCUGAAAUUAUUUGGAGCUGUGAUCUCGGUUUACUUAUGUUGUUUUUUCAAAUUAGGCAUGAAAAAUAUUACUGUAGACAGGGGCAUUUCUGUGCACUUACAACAAGCUGAUUGUUAAUGUUCCAUGGUAGUUGUACAAAUAACUUCCCUUUGAAAACUGCAGUAUUUCUUAUUCAGACACUCAUUAGUGAACUCAAGGUGUUCAGUUAGUUCAGUAUUUAUUCUCGUUUUCUCUGGCUUCCUAGGUACUGUUACAACUGCAAUAAUUCAUUGUACACCUGUUGUAUCAGGUAUCAGGAUUUUUUUUUCUUUAGGUAUUUUAUAAGAAUUCAUCUAGACUAUAAACUACACCAAUAGAAAAUAUUUUCUCUAUGGCAACAUCUUAAAUGGUCUUGUAAUCAAAACUGUGCACCACAAAUGUACUUUUCAAUCAUGCUUCCUUCUGUCCCCAGUACUCUGUGACAGUACAUUAUCUGUUUGAACAUUUCUUUCUUCUUUGGAAUUUCAAGGAUUUUAAUGAAUUGGCGUAGUCUUUUGUUCUGCAAACGCCUCCUUACUUUUGUAUUUCCUGAACAAUAGUUUUACUAGUGUAGUGUUACAAUGCCAAUCCCAUCUGAAAUGAAACUAAAACAAAGGCAGUUUUGUGAUAAACUAACACUUAUCUCUAAACCUCUGUUAUUCUGCAGCAUCCAGGGGAUUAGACAUGUUGAGCAUCGGAAGACAUUUAGUGAAAACUGUUUACAGAAACUCUUCUUAUAGUCAUUACCUGUAAAUCUGCAUCCUAACAUUUAUUUUUGACUUUAUAAAUUGUAAUGAUAUUUUCUCUCCUGAGACAUACUGAUAAAAACAGAUUUGGGGGCCAAUUCUGCACAAUUGUAAUGGAUUUCAGUGGGAAUUUUGAUGCAAUUUUGAUAGAAUUCACAAGUUGAUAAUGCCCUCGUGCUUCACUUCUUAAGGAAAUCUAAAUUUUCUCGCCACUAAGGUUUCUCCUAAGAGCAGGUUUAUUAGCUGGAAUAAAAGAAUGUCCUUAAGAGGUUUACAUCUUGAAAAUGCUGUCUAUGUAUAAAGCAUCCAACCAUCCUGAAUUGUGGGGCUGUCUCCCAGUGUCCCCAAACAUUUUCUGAGACAGGAUUUUGGUCCCAAAUCUGAAAAAUUGGUCCCAGGUUGGCAGUCGUCCCUCUUCAACGCUAAGCAUUCGUGUGGUGACACACAGAAUCCUGCUGUAUCUACCGAGAAGACACAGAACGUACUCCCUGGCACCGUGUGAAGAGAUCUCCACUGAUUUGGUCUGGGAGACAGCCGUGGGCUCUGCCUCAGCAGAUCUUAUUUGCCCACGCACAAUGCCAGGUGAACAAGGCUAUAAUAACAAGCUCUGCUAAAAAGGUAGAGCUAAUUAGCUUGAACACAGCACCACCUGAACAAGGUUAUACUGCUUCUGAUUCAGGGGGUAGUGUCCAGCUAACUUGCCCACCUGCAGCACUGUGCUAUGGCAAAUAGACUAAUCAGAAUCACCAAUAAUGAAUAUUUCUGGUUUCAGAAGUCUGUGGAAUAUCUGGGAUUGUGUCCUGGAUUUUUCUCCUAGAAGCACCUAGUAGUUCAUGUACAAAAAAAUACUGUGUAAGUGGAAAUCAAUGCACAUCUCCAUACAAAAAAAAAUUAGACAUACUAAUCAAAAAACUCGGUGUAUUAGGGAAAAUUAUCAGAAGCAGUUAAGUUGUAGUGAUGUUAUAGUUGUGAUUGUCCAGGAAAUAUGCAGGGGGCAAGGACUUGUGGGUGAUUUCUUUUAUUGGACCAGCUGAAUAGUUAAAAAAGGCUUCCUUUUGGGUACUACAGUACCCUUCCUCAGGAGACAUGAGAAAUACUGCUACAACAUCCUCAGGUCUCCUGAGGAAGGGUACUGUAGUAUCCAGAAACUUGUCUACAUCUAUCCCAGACAUGCAGUUAGUCCAAUAAAAAAUAUCACCUAUCAAAAAUCCUUGCCUCCUGUAAAAAUGAAAUACUGUUAAUACUGUACGUUUCAUACACUACAGUACCAGUUACUAUCAUCUCACCAUUUACAUUAAGAAGCAGUAUACUGUGAAAGUAGAACCUCACUAAUCCAGAUACUCCUUACUCUGCAGAUUUAGGUAGGGAAGGCCAGCAAGAUGUUGUAAUAGGGUCUGAUAUUUCUACCAAAUAUGCUAGCGUAUGUUUACUAAUAAGUUAUUAUCAUCAUACAUUAAAGCUAAAUUACAGCUGACAAAAGAAAAACAGUACAUUGUGAUGCAUUAUUCUUGUUUUGAUGUCAUUUGUUGACUUAUCCAUGACAUGGAUUAAAUUGCAAUGAAUUUCCUAUUCAUUUGUGCAAAUUAGCAGGAUUCCACUAUUUGAAAAUGGAAUCAGACCUUGUACAUUUCUUGUAAAGAUUUUAGCAUCUCUCACUGGUGCUGAAUUCUCCUCUUACAACACUGAAUGGCUCCAAUAACUAUUGAAGUCAAUUAUUUUGAACAUCUCUUCCGCUCUCUUGUAGAACUGGGGUAAAUCCUUUGAAGCCAAAAGAGUUCCUCUAGUUUAACUGUAGUGUAAGACUGAAAUAAGUCUAGCCCAGAGAUUUUACUCGCUUCUUUUUUCUACUCAUAAUUACUUGUUUAAAAGACUGGCUUUGUGCCUAGCCUCUGUUGAGGCAAUUACUGUAUGAAAACUGCCCUGAUAUUAACAAUCUACAACAGCUUCUCCUUUAUGUCACAUGGUGCUUCUUGACAACUUUCAUCAGGAAACUAAUAUAAGGUGGCAGUUUCUGAAAACCGUUUGGAACAAGAUCUGCACUGAGUUACAAAUCCUGUUCAAUCUCAUUGGCCUCACUGAGGUUGCACAGGGCUGAAGAAUUUGGCCUCUUGAUUUCAUUGUUCAGAUGACCUAAAGAAAAUGCAAUACAGCAAUACUUAUAUAAUGAUGACACCCCCAAUUACUUUUAUCCUCAUGGUUAAAAUACGGUUUAAGAAAUAAUUUGUCGAGCUUUCGCAGAAUGCCAGUCUAGUCUCUUAUUUCCAUCUAUCACUUAUGCAAAAUUAUUAAUUUAUUCUGAAUUUGGAAAAAUAAACAUUCUUUUGGUGUUUUAGGUGAUUUAAAUGCUGUUUUGGUAGUGAAUGACUGUUGAUGACUGUGUAAAUGCAUCUGUACUGUAAAUGAAAUGUAAUUAUUUCUGUGUAUCAUACAAAAAAACCAAGGUUGUUGUUUUGGACAAUUUUGUUUGAAAUUCAUAUAUUGUGUUUCAGAAGGCAGCAUAAUAUAUGUAUUAUGCUGAAUAAAUGGACAUCUGAGGAAUACUUAAAUAAAACAUCUGCAUGCUUGAAUGGGUGAA